AUGGAUCUCCUUCAUAGCAAUGGCGUGCUUAUCAUUCAGCACUUACAGAGGGACUACAGGGCUUACCAGGAUUUCCUUAAUUUUAUGUCACAUGUUGGCGAUCCCCGGAAUAUAUUUUCAAUUUAUUUUCCUCUUUGGUUUCAGCUCAACCAAGUGGUUGGUACUAAGAUGAUAUGGGUAGCAGUCAUUGGUGAUUGGUUCAACCUCAUAUUUAAAUGGAUUUUAUUUGGCCAUCGCCCAUACUGGUGGGUGCAAGAAACGAUGAUUUACCCUAAUCAGUCAAGCCCAUGUCUUGARCAGUUUCCUAUAACAUGUGAAACUGGACCAGGAAGCCCAUCUGGACAUGCUAUGGGAUCAUCCUGUGUCUGGUAUGUAAUGGUCACAGCAGCACUUAGCUACACAGUGAGAUGGAAAGAUAAAUCAGCUGUUACCCUUCACAGACUAACAUGGUCAUUCCUCUGGAGUGUUUAUUGGAUUAUCCAGAUCAGUGUGUGCAUCUCAAGAGUAUUCAUAGCAACACAUUUCCCUCAUCAAGUUGUUCUUGGAGUAUUUGCUGGCAUUCUUGUGGCAGAAGCAUUUGAGCAUACCCCUGCUAUUCAGACAGCAAGCUUGAGAAUGUACAUCAAGACAAACUUGUUUCUUUUCAUGUUUGCCCUUGGCUUUUAUCUAUCCCUCAAGCUUCUUGAUAUUGAUUUGCUAUGGUCUGUUCCAAAAGCCAAGAAGUGGUGUGCCAACCCAGACUGGAUAAACAUUGACACAACUCCAUUUGCUGGACUGGUGAGGAAUUUAGGUGCACUCUUUGGUUUAGGUCUUGGAAUUAAUUCRGAAAUGUUCAUCACGAGCUGCAAAGGUAAAAAUAGCUGCAAGAUAAGUUUCCGCAUAUUGUGUGUAGCUGCUUCUUUAGCUACACUGCAGCUGUAUAAUUUUGUUAAGAUACCUACUCAUACUGAGUAUUUGUUCUACAUACUCUCUUUUUGUAAGAGUGCAGCUAUGCCUCUGACUGUAGUUGCCUUGGUUCCGUACUGCGUMCACUCUUUAAUGAGGACAACUGAAAAGAAACUUAAUUAGGUAGAGUUUCAAAAUGGUUAGCAAUGUGGGGAUGGAUGUGAACUGUUCAAGAACCCUCUGCAAAGGCCAUUUUGCUAACUCAUUUUAGCCAAGGGGAUGCCACUGCAUCUUUGAUGUACUCCUGGUAAGUAACCAUUACAUCCAAAAUCAGUACACUCAAGAAUGACUUUGGCAGCUCAGAAAUACUAGUUGCUGAUUUUAUUCCUAGAAAUAUGGUAACUGCAGUAUGGUUAGAAAUGGCCCAAUACUCUGGGUCAUAACAAAGUUUGAAAGUAAAAUCAACCAGCUUUAUUUAGCUAUGUGGUGGUCUUUUAGUUCUGUCCAUCUCUAGCUAGAUGAUGCUUCAAACAUCAGUUGUCCAUAGUGAUACUCGAUAUUUCUUUUUGCUAUAUAUAGAUACUGUGUGUUAAACUGCUACAUAGUGGUGUGACAGUAUAACACCACCUACGACUGUAUGACUGUAUCCAGGCACUGUGGAAAAGGCCAGCAUAGUUAUAAACAAAGCUUUAGAUUUAACUUAUUGAGCUUCCUGAGCAAACCAGCUUCUGAUUAAGUCAGAUGAGAAAAAAAAAAAGUUUAUUUCCAUUAGAUUCUGUAGAAUAUAUUUUCGUGUUACUAUGUGGUUUUUGUAUUUUUUACUUUUUGAAAGUGGUCAGAUGAACCUUGAAUGAUGUAGAUUACACCUUCGAUAGUGAAAAUGCAUAAAUAUGGUAUAAAAAUCUUUGGGUUCUGUACAUCUACAGAGAGCAACAAAUGAAGAAAGUUGUCUAUAAUGAUAUUAUCUCUGUAUAUGACCUGAAGAAUAUUGUUCAUACUCCUCUGUUGUAAAGGUAAUUCUCUCCUAAUUCUCUCAGAUCAACAGUCACAAGCCUGAAUUACUGUUAGUAGUUGUGUAAAUCACGAAAAUAUGGUUGCAGACUGUCAUUUCAAAUUCAUAUCCUUGUCAGCUUUAUUUACCUAAGCACACAAGUAACUARUAUUUUGAAUAUAUGUUUGCUGUAUAAAGUGGAUAUUCUAAAUAGGCAAAUGGGGGGUACUUUCCAUUUGUUUUCAUUAUUUGGUACUUAUUUUGUGUAUUCCCUUUCAGUGGACAGUCUUUAAGCAAUGUGUUGCUGAUAUCAUCCCAUAAUACUUAGUGUACAAGCUGUAUAUAUACAGUCUUAGUAUGCAAGGCUAUAAUAUGGGUAAUGAGGGCUGCAUAUGUAUGAUCUGAAAGCAGUAAGGCUUAGAAGAUGUAAACAUGAUAUUGCUUCUAGACUUUCAAUUAGGUGGGAGAAUUUGAGAAUCUUAUUUAAUUGGUGUUGGUCUUUGGGAGUGAAUAAGAUACAAAUUACAGAAGCAAAUCUGAAACAGGCAUUCUUAAUUAAGAGCCUAAUAAGMCUACUUUGACUUAAGAAAAUUCGUCUGCUUUUAACCCUUGAGGAGUAUGCUGCUUCGUGCAUCUCCUGAUAUCUUCUGUAGUGCUUCUCUGAACUUUUUCCCWCAGUGGCUGACCUGAAAGCAGUCUUUUCUAUAAUUGUGACUCCUUAAGCAAAAUUACUAAGCUAAUGGGACUAGACAUAAAUAAUGAAGAACAAAGACAAUUAUUACAAAGUUUUCAUCUGUGUUCAAGUUGCUAUGUGCUUUGUUAAUCCCUACCAGUGAGAUGACCUACAAAGAGGCAUCACAGAACAGCAGCAGGUUGGUCAAGCUGUUGUUCUGUUCCUGGCUCCUUCUGGCCAGCAACAGGGGAUUCUUUGUGCACAGCUGUCCAGGGUUCUCAUAGCAGCAUUUGGAUUUAGUGGCAAUUUUAAUCUGGGAGUUAYGGGUAGAUAUCAGAUUUCUAGGUUUCUAAUCACAUUGACAAAGAAUCUUGGUGCUUCUGUUGGGAUAGACACAACUAGAAAUGUAGAAUGACAGCUGGUAUUUCUGCAGUAUUUUUCUACUGUACAGACACAUAGGAAGACAUGGGUUCUUGCUCACUUUCUUGGAAUGUCCUAUUAAUUCAUUCUGCAACUUCAGUGCUUCAGUGCUUUUGAUAGAAUGUUGCAGUGAAAUAAACCACCAUGCCCCUCGCUCAGGCUUUAGUAAAUUUAUUGCAGUUGAAAAUUACAAUUAAAUCCUUAUUUAAAUAGACUGUGUGACCUUAUUAAGAGCUAAAAUUGUUAAACAUUUAAGCUUAAGUUCACCUGGCCUUUGAAGCUAUUUAUAUUGUUAAUAUUUGGAACAUAUUAACAUACAGCAUAUAUACAGUUACAAGAUGAGCUAACAACUCAACCUAGUUUGGGCCACAAACACCUUUUGAAUUAAAGUUUUCCUAUGUAAUAAGGAGGCUSGAAAGUGUGUGACUGACCUCCUUGCUCCCACUAGUAGGAACCCAGGAGGAAGUAAACUUUCUAUUCUUGACUUUAGUUGCCCAAACUGGGAUGAUGCUAUCACAGAAGUACUCAGUCUCUCUGCAGAAAGAUUCUUAUGAGCCAGGAGUAAUAUGAAGUGAAGGUGUCCCUUGCUCCUCAUACAAACUAGCUGACAAAUUGUCAUUACAUUCAGUUCACAACACUUGCUACUCCACAGCUUUUUUUAUUUUCCCCAUUCCCUGUUUAACCUUCCUGGUGGAAUGACUCUGGGCCCAGACAAGCUGUUCCUACCCAGAGCAGGCUAGUUGGCGCAGGGGCUGUAUUUGCAGAGCAGUUACUCAGGUGCUAUCCCAAGCCAUUAUUGUGRUUAUAUCUAUCCAGAGGCAUAGGGUUGCUGGAAAAUGCAGCUGCCAUGGACCAUGCAGAAAAGCAUACAGCMGGGGACACCAUAUGACACUGUUUACUGUCAAGACCAACAACUCAGGUCUGGCUUGAAAUACCUAAGCAAAUGCUUGUGGAAUGGUUUGGAAGGAUUGUCACCAAGCMCCAGGGCUGGGACAUCUUACCUGUAAGGCAGCUGCAGUGCCAAGACCAGUCCCGCUCUGCACCAGGCWCUCCAUCAAGGGUUGAUGCUCAUGCCCAGACACACUGUGUAAUGCCACUUGCAAUCCAGUCCCUUUGCACAGGUUCCAGAGGCCUUUAUAAUCAACUGGUUUUCAACAGCAAGUAGGAAUAAAGUGGCAGGAGGUGGCACCCAAGAAAGUGCAACUGUUCKUGAAGACAGUGAGUGCAUUUUGUUGGAGCAACACACUUCCCAGCACUUAGCUCUUGGUAUUUCCUAGCUGCCUGAAAACAGGAUGAUGUUACACGAAAAGCAGUAGCAGUACCACCCAGCUUGGACCAUGUCUUUGUGCUCCCGCAGGGGACAGCAGGAUCCUGUGCAGGCACUGCCUUCUCUGCAGCUCCAUCCUGAACAGCGAACCCUUGUCACAGACAUGAUCCAAUUACACAGAAAUGCUUGCUAGCUGCUGCAAGAUACUCAUGUAUAUAGCUGAACUGUUAGAGAAGAAAUGCUAGAGCACAAGAACCAGUAAAAAAAUACAAUUUAUUGGUUUAAUUUGGGUCACAAAA